AUGGCGGUCAACCAUUUCAGCCAUAAGCAUCCCUUGAUCUUUGCAGAGGAGCUCCGAAAUGAAGAAGACAAGAAAAAAGUAGUUUGCUCGGGAUGUGAGGAACCAAUAUCGGGUCCAGGCUACAAAUGUUCCGAAUGCAACUUCUUUCUCAAUAAAUCAUGCAUCGAGCUCCCCCGCGAGAUACAACACCGCUUGCACCCAAAUCACACCCUCAUUCUCCAAGCGCCAGAGAAAAAGUAUUAUUGUGAUGCUUGUUGUGAAAAUUGCAGUAGAUACUUCUUUUAUCGAUGCGAUGGGUGCAAUUUCAACCUCGACAUUAAAUGUGCUUCCCGCUGGAAAAUUACUACCAACGAUUGUCAUCAACACGCAUUCAUCCCCAUCUUGGAGAAUAUUCAGUUCACUUGCAAAGUCUGCGGUGAGGAAGGCAAGGACAUUGCCUACCUAUGUACCAUCUGUCGGCUCUUAAUUCACCACAAAUGUGCUCAAUUUCAACGCACUAUCCAUAUUAGUGCACAUGAACAUCUCCUCACUCUCACAUAUUCUCUCCAUGAUCAAGACACGGGUUCAAGCAAGGUAUUUUGUAGACUUUGCUACAAAAAGGUGAAUACAAAGUAUGCAAUUUACUACUGUAAAAAAUGUAGCUACAUUGUUCACUUGAAUUGUCCAAGUUUUCUUGGACAUCGGAUCCAUAACAAGAGAGGCCUAACCAUUACCAGGAGGAGCAAAACGCAUCAUUUAGCUGAUUUGGUCAAAACAGUACAGGACGAAACAGCUCAGUCUCAGAAGAUGAUCAAACAUUUUAGUCAUGAUCAACAUAACUUAAUCCUUAGUGAAGAGAAGAAGCUUGAGGAUGAUAAGCUUUGUGAGGGGUGUAUGCAAUUAAUCUCAGUCCCAUUUUACAGCUGUUUGAGAUGCAACUUCUUUCUUCAUGAAAGAUGUGCUAAAUUAGCCACAAGGAUUGAGAGACACCCACUUCAUGAACACCCGCUCACCCUCCUCCCAUAUGAGGAUGUCUUUUAUUGCGAUGCUUGUAACCAUCUUCGUCAUGGCUUCGUCUACAUAUGUAAUGAGUGUCCUAAUUACAGCCUUGACAUUCAAUGUUGUUCAAUCCCAGAGAUCUUUAAUCAUGAAGGUCACCAACACCCGCUCUACCUUGCCAUAAGUUCUGAAGAAAAAUGCUAUGCUUGUGAUAGUGAGUAUAGAUCCCCAUGUGUAUUUGUGUGCAUUGAAUGCGAGUUUGCCUUGGGUUUUGAAUGUGCAACGCUUCCACUCGUAGCUCAGCAUGCAUACGAUACACAUCUCCUCAAACUCACUUGUACUGCUGAAGAUUGUUUCAAAGAAUAUUAUUGCUUGAUUUGUGAAGGAAAAAGAGAACCUAACCAAUGGUUCUAUUAUUGUACAGCGUGCGACUUUCCUGCUCAUCCUGAAUGUGUAUUGGGAAAAUAUCCAUAUAUCAAAUUUGGAAGAGCUCUGCUAAAUACAGAUCAUAAGCAUCCUAUAGCUUUUGUUCAAAAGACCGAGCACUCCCCUCCGUGUGAUGCAUGCCGCAAGCAUUUCAAUGGCAUAGCUGUUGAAUGUACUGAAUGCAAAUUUAUUGGCCACAUGACAUGUUAUGCUAGAGAUCGAGUUGAGGAAACAAGCACAAGUACGCCUAGAAACGUCCGCGAUAUUUUGUACUCCACGAAUAGCAGGAAUCCGUACGCCCGCGCACGCAUUAAUCCUAGGAAUGUGUACUCUAGAUAUUCUAGAUAUUAA